CUGCGAAGCUCUUUGAGACAGUUUCCUACCCGAUUUCUUAGUGAUUCUGUCCUGACAGCACUCUCAGUCGGAACCCGUGCCAAUUAGACACCUCGUCCAAGUCAGUGGGACUAAUCACCGCCGUGCCUCGGUCCCGCUGCGGACCUAGGUCCUACGACCCGUUACACUUAAGGCCAGACCUUCAGCAGCCAAAAGCUCCCAGCUUCAGCACUUCCGCUGCGAUGGAGGACGACUACGACUCAGAUACUUCAGACGGCGACAUUUUCCCGUGCGGCCUCGCGCCGCAGGGAUGUGCCGUUUGUGGGUCAAAUUUUCGAUUGCUACGUUGCGACAGCUGCGAGAUUGUCAGCUAUUGCGGCACCACACACCAGUCGGCCCACCAAUUGAAGCACAAGGCAACCUGUGCCGCCAUUAGGAAGAGUCGGGAAGCCCUUGAGCGUGAGGAGGCCGCACUUCGAGAACACCCCGGAGACUCGUCCUUGCCGGCAGACGUCUUCAACACUGGCGUGGGGCACUUCUGGGGCAUACGGGGCACACGAGACUACAUGAGCGCGCGGGUCACAGCCGCCGAGGCACUCCUCAGAGUCAAUACGGUGGUCGCCGUCGAAAAGGCUCUUGGGCACUGUACCGACCUGCUGCGCCUCUGUCGAGGCGACAACCUGCGUGUGCGAAACAUCAUCCCUGGCCUCCUGCUGCGGCUCGGCCGGGAGCAGGAGUGCUACGAUUUUCUCAAGUGGUGGGCCGUCAUCGACAACAAGGCUCACUACAACGGAUAUUACGACUGGGACGAUGUCACGCUACCGUAUCUGGACAUCCGCGACGCCGACGCUUUCGAGCCCAUCGACAUGUUCUGCUCAGGAAAUUCGAGCCUCAGCCACCUCGUGAUCCUCACCCUUCUGAAGUUGCGUAUGCGUCUCGACCUUACGGCAUCUGAGGAGCCGGAAUUUGGGUACGGGUUCGACGACUCCGAUGCCGAGUUCGACCGGCCUGUUGGAAGGCUUGUACGAGCAAAAUUGCGAACUCUUGACAUGCGAUACGUCUCGAGGACGGUUAAGGCAUUGGAAGGUCAGUACCGCAGACUCUGCCGAGCGGUAAAUGAUGCGAACCCGUACUUCUGGGGAGCUUUGGUCGACGAAGCGGAAGAGACUCCUGCCCCGCCAACGCACUAUCGCCCCGGUUCCACAGAGGAGGCGGAUCUGGUUCUGUAUCAGUGUAAAAGUGCCUGGCGAGAGUCCGAGGACGCCAUCAUCAUGAUUGAUUCGGAGACCUGGAGAUUCACCCGCGUAUAUGAAGGUCCGGCUGCCGUCGCUGGUGCGGGUGACGGUCGAUCGAAAGGCCCAGAAGGGAGAGCAAAGAACAUGGAGAAAAGGCGGGCUACCGGAAACGUGUUUCCAUCAAGGUUCAAGCCCUCGCCGCCGACAUCCUCUCCGGCCGAGCUCUUUCCCCCAACUACUAUGAGCCGCCGUCAGACCGUCCGGUUUGUGUACCGCAAUGACCGAAGAAAGGUACUUGUGUACGCCGACGGUGCCUGUGCGAAUAACGGGCAGCCGGAUCCUCGGGCAGGCUGGGCAGUUGUGUGCGGACCGUCUAAUCGUGGCGAUGAGAGCAACUCCUGCGUUGUGUCCGGCCGACUCGAGAACAAGGGGCCGUUUGGGGAUGACAGCGUGGCGACUAGUAACCGAGCUGAGCUGCGGGCGGCCAUCGCCGUGCUGCGCCUCUGCGACUGGCGGGGCGAGGGCUUCGACAGCGUUGUCAUUGCAACCGACUCGUCCUACGUGGUUGACGGCGCCACCAGCUGGGUCAAGGGCUGGGUGCGCAACGGGUGGAAGACGCGCACCGGCGGCGACGUCAAGAAUAGGGAUCUGUGGGAUCUAUUACUGGGCGAGGUGGAAAGGUGGAAGGACCAUGGCCUGCAUGUCGAGCUUUGGAGAAUCCCAAGGGAGCUGAACGGCGAUGCCGACACAGCGGCAAAGCAGGCGACCGACGAGGGGCCGGCCGAGGUCGAGUUUAGAGAUAUUGGGAUAGGCCCUUCCCAGACCCCUUCCCAGACCACGACGGCCGGGACCGAGCCAGGCCCUCGUAUCCUUGCGCUGUGCCUCGAUUACGAGUCUCUGUUCGACGAUGUUUUUGGGGACCUCGUCUCGCAUCUCACUUCGAAAGCCAAGAUGGAGCGGGCUACGACGGAAGAAGCCGCCCUCGGGAUACUGAGCCAGGAGCCCCCUCCGUCGGUUAUCCUCGUCGCCGAUGCAGCCCUAACACGCCGGAGGAAGCUCUGGGAGCGCGUCAUAGACCGUCUCCGUGAGGGGGCCACAGUCGUGCUGGCGGGCUGUUUCAGCAGCAUGGUGACCAUGGGCCAGUUCAAUCGCUUCUUUGCUAGGGCUGGCCUUCCCUGGGAGCAAGGAUCGUAUCACCGGACGACAGUCAGUUUGCGCCGCGGUGUUGUCGGGGCCCACCUAGCGAGCCGGCUCCCCUCCGCGUACAGCCUAAAGGCCGUCUUUGUGAAGAACGUGGAGAGAUCGGCGGCCUGGUACACUCCGAGCGAAACCCCAGCUGAGGCUGCAGUGGUAUUCGCUGACGUUGGGUUAGGCAAGCUCGGUUAUGUUGGGGAUGUGAAUGGAGAAAAGUCGUCGGAGGCAGUGGUUCUAGCCAUGUGUGGCCUUCUAGAUUGAUCGAUUCUGGUAUCUACC